CUGUCACUUACAAACUGGAUCUGCAGACCAGAUGGAAAGGAUUAGAGAUGGGGGCGGUCGGCGGCCUAAGUUACAAGCAUAUACGAGAUUUCAUCAAGCAGCGAUCGCUGUGGUCUCAUUUCAUCCUAAACUUCACCAGGGCUGUACAGGGACUGAAAAUAGCCUUGCCUGCCCGCAUAUGCGAUUGUGUGACAGAUUAGGCAGUUUGUUUCAUCCCUCGGUGUACAAAGCUAGAAUGUAAACUGAAAGCCAUGUGCUCUUGCAUGCGAGACAAGGCAAGUGGAGGCCGUUUCAAUCCUUCCUUGUUUGGUUUGGAAGGCUGUUCAUCACAACUACUUGGUACUUCCUUGUCAAAAACGUUCUUAUAUUAUGAGACAGAGAGAGUACAAAACAAAGGUCAAUAAUUCUUGUUUCGAGGCUGCAUUUAGCUUCCACUAGCUAAGGUUUAGUCUGGAAGAAAUCCACAUCUAGGACCAUCCAAUAGCUGUAGCUGAGCCACCAUGCAUGCAUGAUGAUAUAUUUAGGGUAAACAUGGUAAUGCAAACUUCAAAAUUUAAGAUAAAAAUUUGAUGAUGCAAAUAUUUUCUCUUGGCGAUGCAUUUUCUUGCAGUCUUGUUGAUCUGAACACGCAUGCAUGCCUUGUCCGGUAGCGUCACGCUGGGCUGCUCAAGCUCUAUAAAACCCAACAAUGGCUUCCAUGGUCCCCAUCCUCUUGCGCUGCUCACUCCACACACAAUCCAACAAUGGCUUCCAUGGUCUCCAUCCUCUUGCGCUGCUCACUCCUAGUUCUCCUCCUUGUCCAGUCUACACACUCCUCCGUCACCUCGAAGGCCAAGAACGCCAUUGCCGGGGGGCACAAGCAGCCUCAUCCUUCCAGCUCGAGCACCUACAUCGUCCUCACCAACCACCUCGCCAAGCCGUCCAAGUUCGACACCCUCGAGCGCUGGUACGCGUCCAUUCUGGGCAAGAACUCCAACCGCAUCCGCUACACCUACGGCACCGUCAUGCACGGUUUUGCGGCUCGUCUCACGGACGGCGAGGCCCAGCGCAUGGCGACCGUCCCAGGCGUGUCCCGCGUGUACAAGGACAGGCUGUACCACACCCAGACCACGAGGUCGCCGUGGUUCAUGGGCCUCCACGACGACUUCGGCGCGUGGCCGGACGCCGACUUCGGCGACGGCGUCAUCAUCGGCUUCGUCGACAGCGGCAUCUGGCCGGAGCGCGCCAGCUUCAGCGACGCCGGGGUCAGCCCCGUCAGGUCCACCUGGAGGGGCCAGUGCGUGGACGCCCCAGGAUUCAACGCCAUCCUGUGCAGCAACAAGCUCGUCGGCGCCAAGUCCUUCAUCACAGUCGACGAGCUAGAUGCCGGUGGCCUCGCCGAUUCGAGUCCGAGGGACAUCGAUGGGCACGGAACGCAUGUGUCGUCAACGGCUGCAGGCUCCGAGGUCCCCUCGGCCGAUCUCUUCAAGUUUGCGGGCGGGAGAGCGAGCGGCGUGGCGCGCAUGGCGAGGAUCACCAUGUACAAGGCGUGCAUCCGGGGCGGAUGCUCCUUGUCGGCCAUUACCGCGGCGAUCGAUGCCGCGGUGAGCGACGGCGUGGACCUCAUCUCCUUGUCCUUCGGAGGCCUCGUGGAAGCCUUCUACGACGACCUCCUCGCCGUCGCCACGUUCGGCGCUGAGCGCAGAGGCGUCUUCGUCGUCAUGGCAGGCGGCAACGACGGCCCGAAAGCGUCAAGCAUAACCAACGUGGCCCCGUGGAUGACGACCGUCGGCGCCGCCACCACGGACCGGGUGUUCCCGGCGACACUCCGGCUCGGGAACGGGGUGGUGCUCACCGGGCAGUCCCUGUACAACAUCCCGUUCUCCCAGGGAGCAGGCACGACCCCGCUAGUGAGCAGCGACUGCAGCGAGUACGGCGACCUGACGCCCGACAGGGUCAUGGGCAAGGUCGUGGUGUGCUCCCAGGGUGUAGGAGCUUGGGCCGGCUUUGACGUGGAGAGAGCCGGCGAAGCCAGGAUGAUUUCCGCCGAUGGUAGGAUACGGUUCGGGGACGCGGUGAGGGCCCAACCCUUCAACCUUCCCGGUCUCCUGCUCAGCUCCACCGGCGGCAAGAAGCUGGACGAUUACAUGUCGUCCGUAGCGUACCCGGUGGCGUCCUUCAACUUCACCUGCGAUGUUAGAAUAAAUCCGAGGCGGUCCAACCGGGCGCCGAUGGUGGCGUGCUUCUCCUCGCGGGGCCCCAACCCGAUUGUCCCCGAGAUCCUCAAGCCGGACGUCAUCGCGCCAGGAGUGAACAUCCUCGCCGCCUGGUCUGGUGCCGCCUCGCCAUCUGGCUCCGACAUGGACGCGCGGAGAGUGGAUUACAACAUCCUCUCGGGGACGUCGACGGCGUGCCCGCACGUGGCCGGCGUGGCGGCUCUGAUCAAGAAGCGGCACGGCGACUGGACGCCGGCCAUGAUCCGUUCGGCGCUGGUGACGACCGCCGGCCCGCUCGACAAGGACGGCAGGGACAUCGUGGACAGCGGCAGUGCCAUCGGCGCCGCCGUCAUGGGCGCGACGCCGCUGGCGGCCGGGGCCGGGUUCGUGCUCCCGCGGCUCGCCAUGGACCCAGGCCUGGUGUACGACGCCGGCACGCAGGACUACGUCGACUUCCUCUGCACCCUCAACUACACGGUGGAGCAGAUGCGGCAGUUCGUGCCGGAGCUGAGCAAGUGCGACAGGACGAUCCCCGGCGGCGUGGCCAACCUCAACUACCCGUCGCUCGUGGUGGUGUUCGACGGCCGCACCCGCGUCCGCACGCUGACGCGGACGGUGACCAUGGUGUCGGCGCGCCCCGAGAGCUACAACGUGACGGUCGCGGUGCCCGACGGGGUGAAGGUGACCGUGACGCCGGCGACGCUGGAGUUCAGGUGGCCGAAGGAGAAGAGGAGCUACAGCGUGCAGUUCAGCAGCGAGGCGGGGGCGAAGGCGAGGACGGCCGGCACGUGGGAGUUCGGCCACAUCGCCUGGGAGAACAGGAAGCACCGGGUCAGGAGCCCCGUCGCCUUCAAAUGGGACAACUGAUGCCAUGCAUGUAGGCCUGAACUCUGAGAGAGUAAUGUUGUGAUACUUGAGAGUUGAUCUGUAAUGAAGAAGAAGAAGAAUCAGCAUUUCACUGUGGUGAACUUGUGAU